GACAAACGGGUAAAAGCAAAACGUUUUCCACUAAAAGAGUAAAGACAACAGAAAAACAGAGAACCAAACUCACUUCGCACUCCACACUUUCUAUCUAAACUCUCGCCGGAGAUGCAACUCUUUCUCCUCCUUCUCCUCACCGCACUAUCUCCACAAGCGACUUCCCACUACUCAUCCUCAACCUCAACCUCAUCUCCAUCUUCUCCUUCCUCCGCCUCAGAAUGGCGUCCCGCGCGCGCCACCUACUACGCCGCCACGAAUCCUAGAGACGAGGUGGGCGGUGCGUGCGGAUACGGAGAUCUCGUCAAAUCUGGAUACGGUAUGGCCACGGUUGGUCUGAGCGAGACUCUGUUCGAGCGCGGUCAGAUCUGCGGCGCCUGUUUCGAGCUCAGAUGUGUCGAUGAUCUACGCUGGUGUAUCCCUGGGACUUCCAUCAUCCUCACCGCCACGAACUUCUGCGCUCCUAAUUACGGGUUUGAUCCAGACGGUGGUGGUCACUGUAACCCUCCGAACAAACACUUCGUUUUGCCGAUCGAAGCGUUUGAGAAGAUCGCUAUUUGGAAAGCUGGCAACAUGCCCGUCCAGUAUCGAAGGAUAAACUGUAGAAGGGAAGGGAGCAUCAGGUUUACAGUAGAUGGUGGAGGCAUUUUCGUUUCGGUUCUGAUCACCAAUGUUGCGGGUUCCGGCGAUAUAUCCGCUGUGAAGAUCAAAGGGUCGAGAACCGGGUGGUUACCAAUGGGUCGUAACUGGGGACAGAACUGGCAUAUCAACGCUGAUCUCAAGAACCAAGCUCUCUCGUUUGAAGUGACUUCUAGUGACAAAUCAACAGUCACAGCUUACAACGUCGCUCCUAGAAACUGGGAUUACGGACAAACCUUCGAAGGCAAACAAUUCGAGACUCCGUAAGACACAGAGGAUGUCUCGUGAUUCUUUUUUGUUACUGGUGAUGAAUUUUUUGAUGGUCUAAGAAGAGUAGUGAUCACACAAACAUCACUAUUGUAUCUAUUUUGUUGUUUACAUUAUUACUCUCAAAUGCUUAAAGC